AACCCCAUAGUUCCAGAGAAGUCGUGGUGGGAGGAAGUUGACCUAGUCCACACGAAACUGGGUCUUCUCCGUUGUACAGACACUCUUCAGUCGAUAUGCCGCCUCCAGGCACCUAACACCUCAUACAUAAAAGAAACCACAAGUCGUAAACAUUCCCUUGUUAAUGCUGCCUAGUGAACAUGGACGAUAAGACGGUUGACUUGAUUUUCACAGGCUCUCUCGAAAGCCUGCCACCUGUCAGCUCGAAAAUCGUUCGGAUUUUCACUAGUUCUACCUUUACAGAUACGACAAUGGAGAGAAACACCCUCAUGGCUCAGUGCUAUCCCAAGCUGAAGGACUUCUGCAGAGAAAAACAUGGACUAGAAUUCCAGGUUGUCGACAUGAGAUGGGGUGUGAGGGACGAAGCAACAGAUGAUCAUAUGACGACAGAGCUGUGCAUGAGAGAAAUCGCCAAUUGUCAGAGACUUUCCAUGGGUCCCAACUUUGUCGUGUUCCUUGGUCAAAAAUACGGCUACCGGCCAAUUCCGACUUACAUAUUGUCUUCUGAACUGCAGAUGCUACGCGACGAGCUGGCCAGUUCUGGUUCCGAAGUUCAUCUGCUGGACACUUGGUACAGGAAGGACAGCAACGCCGUCCCUCCCAUAUCUGUCCUUCAGCCGAUUUCUUCAAUUCUAAUUAAUUUCAACAAUAAGAGAAUACCCAAACUGCAACAGCACGAUCAAGCUGUAUGGUGGGACACACUGGGUAAAAUGCAGAAGCUAUUUCGAAAAGCUUCACUCAGUUUAUACAACUCUGGAAAAAUCUCGAAAGAUAUUAUGCAUAAUUACUACAUGUCUGUGACUGAAAGAGAAGUGAUCAACGGGAUUUUGAACGUCAAAAACACCAAAAAUCAUUGUCUAGCCUACGUUAGGAUUAUAAACAACAUAAAUUUGCAAAAUUUAAAAAAAGCCUCAUUAUUCUUGGACAUCAUUAACAGAAGCUUGGACACCGAGGCAUCCCGUUUGCUUGCCAACCUUAGAGACGAAAGGCUAACGGAUAAAAUAGAAACGUCAAAUUAUCAAAAAUACACUGUAGAAUGGAUUGGGCGAGAAGGGCUGGAUACAGAGACUCACGAAGAGUAUCUGAAUCAUUUUAUAACACAUUUUUAUAAAAACAUCACAAAGCUUGUUGACAGAGCUAUGAGAAAAGAGGAUUCAAGCCCACAGGGUCAAAUAGUCACAGAGAUAUUACAACAUUUACACGCAUGUAAUAAUUCAGUACAGGUGUUUUACGGCAGAGAGGAAGAGCUGUCUCACAUUGAGUCUUACAUGAAAGGGGAUUCAGAAAAACCAAUGGUCCUUUAUGGCGAGGGUGGUUGUGGGAAAACAUCCCUUUUGGCAAAAUCGGCCGGCCUCACGUCCACCGAAUGGUUCGUUGGGGCGAAGCCUAUUUGCAUAAUCAGAUUCUUGGGGACGACACCUGAUAGCAGCGCACUCACUCCAACCCUCAUUUCAAUUUGCCAGCAGAUUUCGUACAAUCUGAUGCAACCAUUUGACGAUAUCCCAGACGACAUAGUGCCUUUAACGGCACACUUCAAAAACCUUCUGACAUACGCUUCUGCAGCCCAGCCACUUAUAUUUUUCCUUGACUCCGUCGAUCAACUUACAGGGACGCAGGAUACGAAUCACGUCUCAUGGAUUCCUACUAGAUUACCACCGUUUUGUAAACUCAUCGUAUCUUGCGCAUCCGAAGCCGACAACCCCGAAGUGUCGAAGGACUAUCAUAUUUUGCGGAAAAUGAUCGAUUCAGAAGAACACUUUAUUGAAGUUAAAGCCCUAGGGGAAGAACUCGCUAUGCAAGUAAUACGGAUGUGGAUGAAAACUGCAAAAAGGGAUCUUACUAACUAUCAGUGGCGUCUAGUCUCCAACGCUAUUGAUAAGUGCUCCCUUCCAAUUUUCGUGAAACUCGUAUUUGCCGAGAUUUGUAGAUGGAGGAGCUACACGAAACCUCAGGACACACACUUAGCAUCUACAGUAAUGGAUUCGAUUAUGAUGCUUUUCGAAAGAAUCGAAAAACAGCACGGCAGGAUUUUGGUUUUCCAUGCUCUGGCAUACAUCACAGCGGCUAAAAGCGGGCUUAGCGAAUCCGAGUUAGAGGAUCUUAUUUCUCUAGACGAUAGGGUUUUGGACGACGUUUACCAAUACCAUUUACCACCCGUGAGAAGAAUUCCUCCUCUUCUUUGGACGAGGAUAAGGAACGAUUUGCCAAAUUACCUCUCGGAAAGAGAAGCCGAUGGUGUGAGCGUUAUGAACUGGUACCACAGACAGUUCCGUGAUACAGCUAAGGAAAGAUAUUUCAAGAAUAUGAACAUGGCCAUUUACUUCCACUCAUCCAUUGCCGACUACUUCCUCGGAAUAUGGGGCGGAGGGAAACCGAAACCUUUCAAAUACACGGAAAUACAAAGACAUAGAUUUAAUUUGACUGAUAGAGAAGGCUCUGCAGACAGAAAAGUACCAGUGCAGCCUUUAGUAUUUUAUUCAAAAGACGGAAAUGUCUCGAGAUACAACUUAAGAAAAUUUGGUGAGCUACCGUUCCAUUUGGUGAGAUCAAAAAGGUUCACCGACUUGUAUGAAAACGUCCUUUUCAACUACCAGUGGCUUCACGCCAAAUUAAGCUCCUGCCCACUUCAAGCCGUGCUCAGUGAUUUUGAAGAUGCAUGUGCUAACAUCGAGGACCGGGACGUGACCAGGGAGGAAAUUAGAUUAUUGAGGAGGGAACUAAUGUUGGUAGCUGACGCUUUGCGUCUUGGAGGUGCCAUUUUGAGCAUAUACCCUGACAUGCUAGCACCACAGUUGGUCGGAAGGCUCCUUCCUGAAAUAGGAACGAAUCCGAACAUCAAAAUGUUACUGAACGCCUGCGAUGAAGAAGGUACUGAACACUGUGCCCUAAUGCCUUUGUACCAUUGUCUGCAUACGCCUGGUGGACCGCUAAAGUAUUCACUCGAGGGCCAUCAGUUCGCCGUGUUCGACUUCAAGCUGACGUCGGAUUUGAGGUAUAUCGUUUCGAUAUCGAACCGUUUCAUCACAUGGGAUCUUUCUACAAGCGAUAUGAACAGGGACGUCAAUCCAGGAUUGGAAGGCAUUAUGUUAAAGCUUUAUCUAAGCCCGGACAACCGUUUUGCAGCGGCUUUCACCAAUAACAGCCAAACUGUACUGCUUAAUACGCUAAGCAGCGAAUUCGUCGUCAUAGAUAAUCCUCUUCCCGAAGAGGAAAAAGUCGUUGGCCUAUGCUUGCUAAAUGCUUUUUUGAUUAUUCACGGUGUUGGAAGUUGGUGCCGAUACAACAUGAGGGGUCAACUUUUGACGAAAGGCUCCAGCCCGGAAAAUCAAAACGAAUGGCCUCUGCUUUCAAUGGAAUACGACACUUUGGAAAACCACCAAUUUUUGUUUUGGAGUGGUGCACUCGAGGAUCCAAGGAUUAAGAUUAGGGUGAUGAGAAAAAACAAAGAACUGGAACCUUUUUGCUUUCACAGUGCGAUGGUCAUGUCUCUUGACAAGACGACGAUGUACUGUUGCCAAGAAGAAGGAUCUUAUGCCGUUAGCAAGAUUAGUGCACUUGAAGGUGCUGAAAGCUGGGAAAAAGUGGAAACUUUGAAUUCACCUUACAACGAUGCCACUGAAAUUUUACUCCAGUUAAAACUCGAUAAAGCGGAAAACACUCUACUCGGCACGACGUACAACGGUUUUGCCGUUUGGGAUUUAACAGGAGAAAUUGAACCAAAAAUGCUUCUCCUUCCACAUGGAAUGAGGAAUAUAACAACAAAAAUAAUGGUCUCCAAUUCUUUUAUGAUUUCAGCAGCUAGGGACUACGCUGUCGCCGGUGUAAGGAAAAACCUUUACGUCUGGAGCAUGGAGACAUGCGAACUCGUCAAAAUCUUAGACGCUCACUUUGGCAGGAUCAUCUCUCUGGAAGCGCUUACAAUCGGAAAUUGGAACUCGGUCAUUACCUCUUCCAUCGAUCGUUCUGUCAAAGUUUGGAAUAUCAACAACAUUUUCGAACAGGUCCAUGUCAUCGACAGACACGAGCUGCAGAUCGAUUCAAUUAGCGUCUGCCAAGAGGUGAGCCUGGCAGUUACUGUAACUCGAGGUUUUGUAGGCGUUUGGGACAUGCAGGCGGGUCAUUUGUUGUCUCAACUUGCCGACAGUCCUCUCGGGGCAAUCGUGACCCACGCAAUUAUAACGCCGAGCGGAAAGUACAUCAUAUCUGCAGAAUCCGGCAAUAUUCUUAUAUGGAACAGGAUUACGGAACAAGUGCUGUUCAAAGAAGAGCAGCUAGGUAUCAGGCAGAUACUUCUUCUCGACGAUGGAAACCGGUUUCUUACCAUGUCGAAACCGCCUUUGGUCGCCGGGGUCGAGCCUCCUCCGAGAACAACGGCUACUGGCAUUUUGAGGACGAUUCCAGCUGGCAACACGAUUUACAAUUUUGAAUAUCCCGUAAGAAACAUACCAGGAGUGAGUUUUAAAGAGGUAGUCAUGACGAGUGACAACCAGUCUGUUGUGGCACUUGCAGCUGACAAAGGCCAGAAGGAAGCACUGCACGUGUUUCAUGCAAAAAACGGGCAAUGUUUAUGUAAAAUCCCUCUACGUAUACCAGGCGUUAAGGAAGUCGGGCAUUUGGUCGCCAUGCCGCAAAAGUCUACCAACAUCGCCUUGGUCGGUGGAGAAAAAGUCACCUUGUUCGACAUUAAAAAUAAAAAGAUUAUAAGGACGAUACCGAAAUGGGGUGGAAUCUGUACCAAAGACGGAAAAUUCGGAUUGUACGCUCCUUCCAGAGGUGGAUUGGAACUGCUAGAGCUUAAACGAGGUGCCUCGGUACGAACGUUCAUUCCCAGAGUGGCCGAAGGCGUUUUCUCCGUAAUUUGCAUGUUUAACAAAACGGACGAGUACGUACUGUAUUACCACAGUGGGAAAAAAACCAUCCGCGUUUUCAGAACAAACGACGCAAAAAUGGUGGCAAAUUACAGGGUUCAGGCAGAACUGACGGCAAUCGAGAGCACGGAUGAUGGAAAAUGUAUCAUCCUCGGCACGGUCGACGGAUGUUUGUCUGUUCUGGCUAUAGCUGACAACAACAAGCCGGAGAUGAAAGAAUUCCUUAGGGCUUUGCCUUCCAGAGAUGAAACGUGGAAGAAAAAAAUGGAAAAGAUUAAGGCGACGAAAAGGUUCCGAGCGGCCGGGUCAAUCGCUCAAGUCUGCAUUCAGUUGUACGACAGCGUAUCCCAGGGGGACAAAAAAGAACAACACCAAGCGGAGCAAGUUGAAGCUUAAAUUACACUUUAAGUCUGAUGUGAGAUGCCAAGAAGUGAAUAAAUAUUGUGAUUAGUCCGAACGAGUUAUAUUUGGAUGUAUUAUUUAUUUAAAAAAAUAUAUAUAUUGUAGAAUUGA